AUGAAUUUAUUUGGGUUGAUCGCCUUCGUAUCGAUUUUCCUCCUGAUCGAAAAUCGAGUAGUACAGGCACAGGACGAAGGAAAUCAAGUUCAACCUCCUCAAGAACCAGCUGCUGCAGCAGCAUCACAAAACAAUCAAGGACCAAAUCAACGGACACUAUUACAAGAUAAUAAAGUUGUCGAACCGGAUGCACAUCAAGUACCCGGAAAUAGAAAUGCAGAAAAGUUAAACGAAGGGGCAGAAGCAGCUGCAAAUGGCAGGAAGCAUCUGAUCGAAUAUGACGAGUGUAAAGGGGAUAUUCAUAAAUAUUGUCGAAAAGAUGGAGUGGAUUUGAGAAGUGAUAUGGGAGUUCUGGAGUGCCUUCAAGAUGCCGGAUUCAGUGAGUCAGUAUCGCUGAGUGAACCUUGUGAGCAUCUUGUCUGGCAGUUUAAGGUGGAUCUAACACAAGAUGAUCAAUUUCGAGCUGCAGCGCAACGGUUCUGCCAGGAGCAAUUGGCGGGCAACAGACAAAUGGCAUUAUGUUUGGAUGAUAAAAGGCCUGGCUAUGCGCUAUCGUGUCUGUUGGAUUUCAUUCAUAAUUUGUCGCAAUCUACGCCAUGUUUCCAUUUUCUUGAGCGUUCUGAACGAUUGGCGUUUUCGGAUUUUCGAGUUGUUGGGCCGUUUGUAGCGAAGUGUGGUGAAGCGAUAAAGCGUUUACAAUGUGGUUCUUUAACACCUCCAUCUGCACAUCAGAAAGUCCGUGUGCCUCAUUCCCAAGGUGCAACAUUGGAAUGCCUCAUUGACAAAAUAGUUAAAGCAUCUCAAAGCGAUCCCAAUGCAAUGCAGAUGAUCGAUGACCAAUGCAAACAUGAAGUUAUGCGAAUUGCUGAACUGCAGUCGGAUGAUUUUCAUUUAGAUCGACAGCUUUAUUUUGCUUGCCGUGAGGACAGAGAACGCUUCUGUGCGGAUGUACAGUCCGGAAACGGUAAAGUGCUGGAAUGUCUUAUGAAACAUCGCACUGAUCAGUUUAUGGAACCAGGCUGUGCACAAAUCUUAGGCGAACGGGCAGUACUGAUGGGACAAAAUUUCCGUUUAUCUCAUCCACUUGUUGAUGGAUGCGAGCAUGAAUUAAAAGAAUACAAAUGUUCUCCUCAAACACAAUUCGCCUCGUCACCCAACUUUCAUCUAAGUUGGGUUCUGUUGUGCCUCGAGAACGCUGCUCAUUCGAAAGAUGCUAAAUUCUCAGAACAAUGCCGACACGAAAUGAUAGAACAUAGGCGUAUGAUGAUGAGUGAAUUCAGGAUGAGCCCUGAAAUAGUACUUACAUGUGGUCAGGAUAUCGAUCGGUACUGCAGUCCAAAAGGUGACAUCGAGGGCGAAGGCAAAACUUUGCACUGUCUGAUGGGUCAUGCACAACAACGUUCUGAUGCACAGAAAUUGACACCACAAUGCUUGCAAGCAAUUUCUACUGUCGUUAAGUUGGCAGACAUAGGAUCGAACUAUAAAGUUGAUCGCGUUCUGUACGCUUCAUGCAGAAAAUUGAUCGAUGGUGAAUGUUAUUGCUUUAGACCAUGUGCAAUGGACGCCCAAUCGGAGGCGAGUACGUUGACGUGUUUGAUGCGUCAUAUGGAUGUUGACAUGCCAAAAGAAUGUGAACAGCGUCUCCUUGAAAUUCAGUAUUUCAUGGCUAGAGAUUGGACCUUAGACCCUGAACUUUAUCAAGCAUGCCAUGAAGAUGCAGUUCAAAAAUGUGGAGCCAAUGAUGAGUGGCAUUUGCAAGGCACUGGUGUCAACAAACCUGAUCCUGGUCCUGUUGUAUUGGCAUGUUUAUAUCGUUCUGCUUAUGAUGAUCAAAACCCUCUGAAACCUGAAUGUGCAUCAAAUGUACGUCGAGUGUUGAGAACACGUGCUUUACGUGUCAAUUUAAUUCCGGACAUAGAAGAUGCAUGUCGAGAUGCUCUCUCCGAAUAUUGCUCUAAUAACGUGCAGCCAAUGGAGGAGAUGCGUUGUUUACAAGAACAUUUCGAAGAACAAGAGUUUAUACGGAGGCAUAAAACUUGCUAUGAGAAGGUGAGUGAGUUCACAAGAAUGGAAGCUAAAGAUACGGCUCUGAAUCGUGCACUUACGAAGGCUUGUAAACCGGUUAUCACCACAUAUUGCUCGCAGUUCUUAAAUGAAGAUAUCGAUCAUGGUGAUGUGAUGAAUUGUUUGGCAUCGAAUAAAGAUCGUCCUGAGAUGACCACAAAAUGUCGUUCCUAUGUGAAUCAUUUCGAAUUGAUUUCACUUCGCGACUAUACGUUCAGUCAUCGAUUCAAGCAAGCAUGCGCUAACGAUAUCACCAAGUAUUGCUCGAAUAAAGGCAAUCAGAAAGCACAAAUAAUUGAGUGCCUGUCAACAAUAAUCGUCGAGCAUCGUGUUUUGGGGAUGCCAGCCGAUUUGGAUAAAGAAUGCAAGAAGCAAGUCAAAGUGGAAUAUUUGCAACAAGAAGAGGUGAAUGUGAGUGGUUUAGAUCAUCUUUCAGUGUUCGUUUCAUUUGAUGAUCGUGAGCAUAUGAAAGAUGCAGACCCGAUUCUUAUGGAAAAAUGUAAGGAUGAAAUAGUGCAUCUCAAGUGUAAUCUGGAGAAGAGUUUCAAAGAUGUAAUUGAAUGCUUGAGAACGAACUUCGACGAGCUCGGAACCGAAUGUAAAGCGUUAGUGUUCACUCGUGAGGAGAUUGAAGCAGUUGAUAACCGGUUCGACGAUGAGUUACAGCGUCAAUGCCGUAGUGAUAUCGAUCGUUUUUGUCAUAAUCAGGAGGGUGAUAAAGUUUUGGACUGCUUGAAAAAUUCAAAAAUUGUUCGCAUAUUGUCUCCAGACUGCCGAAAGGUGGUCGUGCAACGUAUGCACGAACAGCUGCGCGAUGUUCGACUACAUCCAACCCUACUCGAUGCAUGUCGUGAUGAGGCUGAACAAUAUUGUCCCGAUGACUUCAAGAAGAUCAACGAUCCAAAAUAUGCCAGACAAACUCUCGAAGGAGUUUUUGUGCUAUGCUUGAGAACGCAAUACGCUGAUCCUCGUAAAGGAUUACUACUUAAACCGAAAUGCAAAGAUGAGAUCGCGAAAGUGAUAUUAGAGAGCGAAUUUGACGUGGAACUUGAUCCACUGCUUUAUCAUGCUUGUCGAGACACAAUCACGAAACAUUGUGCCAAUAAAGUGAUUGCUGGUGGAGGUAGUUUCGAAACUGUGCUCGAAUGUCUCAAAACGGAUUACAGUCGUGGCGCUAUUGGAAACGACGAAUGUAAACGUAAUAUCGCUAGGCGUUUGCAAGAAUCACUGGUCGAUUUGCAUCUUGAUCCCAUACUGCAUGAGGCUUGUGCUGCAGACGUACAACGUUUGUGUAGUGAUGUUCCACCUGGACAAAGCAGAUGUUUGCAUUUGUCAAAUAUUAAAUUACAGGAACAUCAAUUGCCGAUGCCCGAGAGUUUUAUGGAUGUGAUUGAAAUGGUAAAGGUACAUCCUCAAAGAACAUCAUUUUUGAUGUGGUUCGCUCUGUUUGUGUUUGUUAUUCUCUUUAUUGGAUGUUGUUGUGGUCGUGCUACAAGCCGUGCUAAAAGACAAUUAAAAGAUCGUUGA